GCGGUCGGCUUUAAGCCAACAUCAUUCCCAAACCGAACGCCAAAAGCAUCAGCAGCAGUAGCAGCAGCCGCAGCAGCCACAGAAGCAGCAGCAGCAGCAGUAGAUAACAGCCAGCUGAUACCUUAGUUUUUUUUUUUUUUCUGCCAACCGUCUUUGGCAUUAUCAUCCAUCUGGCCAUAUCACGUCUUCUACUCUUCUGGCCAAUAGUAACAACAACAAGAGAGUUUGUCUCUCCCCCGCAACCCAACAACAACAACAACAAUAACAAUAACAAGUGCAAAAGUGAAGUGAACUCUGCCGACAGCGACGUCAACAGCUCUCGGCCAAGACUCUCUUUUAGCCGCUGCGCUUAGGCUUUUCCGCUCUCCCGCACUCCCAACCAGGCAGACUCCUCUGCUCGGCUCUCCUCGGUUUUCGGCUUCGGCUUCGGCUUGACGGCAGCGACUUCGGCAAAAGGUUUUCGAGACUUCGGGCCGCAUCGUAAAUUACUUGCAAAGUUCAUUUUAGUCUCGGCUUUUAAUACCGUUUUAGUGCGUUUUCGAGUUGGUCGUGUUUUUUCCUGAUCCGUUAACAAAAAAAAACUCCAAUAAUAUCCCAAAAAAAAUAAAUAUCUAUAACAAAAUAUAUUUAAAAAACGGGCUUGGACUGUUGAUAAUUUAAAAAAAAAUUUAUAAUUUUUUUUUUUUUGAAACAAAAUUGCAAAUUUUAAAAUUUUUUUUUGUUGUACCACUCGAACGGAAAUGUAAACCACUCGCCCCCGCCAAGAAUUCUGAGCCCAGCUUCCUGCUUGAAAAAAAAAAACAAACAAACACACACACAACAAAUCAAGAACUGUUCGAAAAAGGAAACACAAAAAUUCAAUUAUAUAACAUUUAAUUGCAAAAUCAAAUAAUACAAAACGCCAUAUAUAUAAUAUCAUAAUUUACAAAAAAAAAAAAUAAAUUAAAAAAAAAACCAAACAAAACAAAUACAAACGCAUUAAAAAAGACGGAAGUGGAUUUUUUUUCGUUAAGCGGCAAAGCGGCGCAUCCUGUUUUGGGCUUUUCCACACGCGCACUCACACAGAUACAGAGAUACACACACACACACACAGAUACGAGUGCAGUACGGACUUGCGAGUGGCUCUCUCACGAACGCGUAUAAGAGUUAUAACGUUAACUUUUUUCCCCUCGUCUUAAUUGAUUAACUGGGCCCAAAACCAAACCAAACCAAACAAAACACAUAAAUUGUAUAAAUAAACACAAAAUAAAGGAGUAAAGAACCAGCACGAUGACUGGCUUCACCAACGCUGGUUUUGAAAACGAUGAGCCCGUCAAGCCAAAAGCUGGUUUCGAGCCCGACACCGCCUCACUUCGGGAGAAAGUUGUGCUGAAUCCGGGCGAGAAAUGGCGCAUCUUAAAGAAUAUCUCGAUCAUCUCGAUCGCCUUCAUGGUGCAGUUUACAGCGUUUCAGGGAACGGCUAACUUGCAAUCCUCAAUCAACUCAAAGGAUGGCCUGGGAACAGUAUCCUUGAGCGCCAUCUACGCCGCCCUGGUGGUGUCCUGCAUCUUCCUGCCCACACUGAUCAUCCGGAAGCUGACCGUCAAGUGGACCCUGGUCUGCAGUAUGCUCUGCUAUGCCCCCUACAUUGCCUUCCAGCUCUUCCCCCGCUUCUACACUCUGGUCCCCGCCGGUAUCCUUGUGGGUAUGGGUGCUGCGCCCAUGUGGGCGUCCAAGGCCACCUACCUGACGCAGGUGGGGCAGGUGUAUGCCAAGAUAACGGAACAGGCGGUGGACGCCAUUAUAGUGCGCUUCUUUGGCUUCUUCUUCCUGGCCUGGCAAUCCGCCGAGCUCUGGGGCAAUCUCAUCUCCAGCUUGGUCCUCUCCAGCGGCGCCCAUGGAGGUGGCAGCAGCUCCUCAAACUCAACAAUCAGUGAAGAGGAUCUCCUGCUUUGCGGCGCCAAUUUCUGCACAACCGGCAGCGGUGGACACGGAAAUCUGGAACGCCCGCCAGAGGAUGAGAUCUUUGAGAUCUCAAUGAUCUAUUUGUCAUGCAUUGUGGCAGCAGUAUGCAUCAUUGCCUUUUUCCUGGAUCCCCUCAAGCGGUAUGGUGAGAAGAGGAAGGGCUCCAACUCCGCAGCGGAAUUGUCUGGACUGCAGCUGCUAUCGGCGACAUUCCGGCAGAUGAAGAAACCGAAUCUACAGCUCCUCAUACCGAUCACCGUCUUCAUUGGAAUGGAGCAGGCCUUCAUCGGUGCGGAUUUCACCCAGGCCUAUGUGGCCUGUGCCCUUGGAGUUAACAAGAUUGGAUUCGUGAUGAUCUGCUUUGGUGUGGUUAAUGCUCUGUGCUCGAUCCUUUUCGGAUCGGUGAUGAAGUACAUUGGCCGCAUGCCCAUCAUUGUAUUGGGUGCUGUUGUCCAUUUCACCCUGAUCACCGUGGAGCUGUUCUGGCGUCCCAAUCCCGAUAAUCCUAUCAUAUUCUAUGCCAUGUCCGGGCUGUGGGGCGUUGGUGAUGCCGUGUGGCAGACGCAGAUCAAUGGACUGUACGGUCUGCUGUUCCGCCGGAACAAGGAGGCCGCCUUUUCUAACUACCGCCUGUGGGAGUCCGCCGGAUUUGUUAUCGCCUAUGCCUACGCCACCACUCUGUGCACCCAAAUGAAGCUCUACAUUCUGUUGGCGGUCCUCACGCUCGGCUGCAUUGGCUACGUUAUCGUUGAGAUCCUUUACAGGAAGAAGCAACGCAAGCUGAAGAAGCAGGAGAAGCUGGAGGCCGCCGAGAAGGAGAAGGAGGCCGCCGUGGCCGCUGCUGCGGCAGCUGCUGCCGCCCUUGCCGCCGCCGAGGCAGCGCCCAUCGACGGCGUCGAGGAGACGGACGACGAGCUGGACGAUCUCGAGGAGGACAUUGUGGUUACGCGCCUGUAAUUUCAAGGUCGCUAGCCACACAACCCCCAAACAACCCCUCCUCCUCACCCUCCUCCUCCUCCUCCCACUCCUGCACACAACAGAGAGCCCCUCAACAAUCGGUUAUCGAUAGACCGACAAUCGAAGGGGCUACUAGAGAUGAAGAAACUUUUGUGGUUGUAGUUUUCUAAUAGAACAUUUAACUAAAAACAAAAAAAAAGACACAAAAAGACAAAAAAAAAAUCCUCACGUCCCCGAAAAAAAAAAAAUAAUGAGAAAAAAAACCAUUUAGCUCAAAAGACCAAGACGCACACACAUACUACACACUACACACAGGUGUGUGUGUGUGUGGGCGGACUUGGCUUACUUUUAGUUUGUAAAUAAGAGUGGAGAUCGAAAGAGAGUUCUUUUUUAAAAAUAGAGCUUCAAAAGAAAGUAAAGAAAAACCGCAAGAAAGCAAAAGAAAUGCAAAAUGUGUGUUAGUAUAGGUGUAAGCACACACACACACACAGAACACACUCACAUACACAGCACACACCUACACACUAAACACACACACGAACACACUGCAGCAGUGUGCGUGUCUACGAUGCCUAAUAAAUUGUUAUUUUAUUUUAAAAUUUAAUUCUUAACUUUAACUAUAGACUAUCCAACAAAAAAAAACAAAAUUUCCCACAAUUUUCCAAGCUAAUGUUGUUUUUUUUUAGUUUUUUUUUUUUAAUAAAGAAAACGUGAUAAUCCAACACACACACACUGAGAGAAAAACAAAGCACAACAGUCACAACAAAAAAUUAUAUGAAAAAUAGUCAAAUUUGUAAAAAAAGAAAGAAAAUAACACUAAACGGUCCUUAAAGAAAUAUAUAUAUAUAUAUUUAGAGAAAUAAAAAAAUAUAUAUGUAUAUAAAAGAUAUGCGAAAAGUAAAAACAAAAAACACAAAAACGAAAAGCAAUUAACUAUUACAUAACAAUAUAUUUUUAAACACAACACACACACACAAACACACACGAAAAAAAAGCAAAAAAUCUAGUAGGCAAAAUGUUAUAUACACAUUUUUUGCUCAGUAUUAUGUUUUAAACUAAAUUUAAGCGAGUUAUUGUUUCCUGUUUAUACAUUUUUUUCAUCGUAAAUUACUUAUUAUUAAUUACGAUUCUUUUGAUUUUGAUUUUCAUUUUGAUUUCGUUUUGAUAUCGAUUUCGAUAUCGUUAUCGAUAUCGAUUUCCUCGAUCCAGAGUUUGAUUUUGAUUUUUAUUCUUCUUCUAUUCAACAAACUCCCUGCGAUGGCAAUUAAGAUUUAAAACUAAAAACCAGAAAUCUACGAAAAUAUUACCAUUAAAAAAUGAAGAUGCAUCCAUAAAACGAUAAACAAAUAUAGGUAAAAAAUCAAAAACAAAUAUAUAUAUUUUGUUUCGUUUUAUUUUGAAUGUUUUACUUAAAUAUUAGUGGAAAAAAGAAAUACAAUAAAACUAAAAAAAAAAAACAAAAACAAUACACACAAAACAACAAACAAACACAUUGUUUUCCAAAAAAAAACAAAACUAUUUGAGAAAAAAAAUUACAAAUAUUUUUUCUUUUUUUUUUUUUGCUUAGUCUGUUAAGUAGUUCAUUAUAUUAUGUAAAAUAUAUAUAUAAAAUAAAUAAAUGAAUAUAAAUCUUA